AUGGAUGUAGCACAGAAAAUUUCAACAAAAUUAGAUAAAAUAUUAAAUAGAUUGAAAGCUCUCAACUUGAUUCAUUCUUUUCAAUUACAAAUAAACUUUUGUGAAAUUGAAGAAAAUAUGAAAAUUUAUCUUAAAGAAAUUGACUUUGUUUUAAAGAAAUGCUUAAAAAAAAUUUCAAAGCCGAAAAGAGCCGAAAUCAGAAAUGUUAUUUCAGAGCUGGUUAAGAAAAAAAACUUAAAUAAGGAGCAUGUAAGAACGAUUGAAAAGAAUAAUCAUACACAUAUAAAUACUAAUUUUCAAGACAUGAACAAUAGUGUAGACUCAAAUGAAAAUGUUAAUAAAAUUACUUUGAAUGAAAGUAAUUGUGCUAAAAGUGAUGAAAAUGAAAUGGAAGAAAACACUUGUGAGUUUUUUGGAAAACAAUUAGAAAAUUCAAAAAAAUUAAUCGAUUCUAAGAAGUCUACAGACUUUAUAGGAAAUGAUGAUAUUGAGCACCUAAAAACUCUUGACAUUCAACAUUUGUUAGGUAAUGAAAAUAAUUUUAAAUCAUCUGAAAAACUCGGUAAACCUUCGACAGACUUUUGUAAAAAUUUAUCAUCACCUAAUAAAAAGAUAAAUUCAGUUAAAAAAAUAAAAAGCAACGUUAAAAAUAAAGAAGACAAUAAUAAGAGGUCUCGAAAAAAAAAUGGGAAAAAAAAAGAAUUACGAGAAAAGAAAACAAAUUUAGAGCCACCAUUUACAUGUUUCUGUGGUAAAAUUUUUGAAAAAAUAAAAAGUUUUAAAAAGCAUCAAAGUUUGAAGCAUAGUUUAAACAGGAUGUCAUUUAAAUGUUCAACGUGUGAAAAGAAGUUCUUUGAGAGGGGAAACUUAAACAGACACAUGAAGAGUCAUAAUAAUAAUAAUAAUAAUAAUCGAUAUCAGUGUUCGGCAUGUUCUAAAUGCUUUACCAGAUCCGAUGCCUUGAAACGUCAUUUUUCCACUAUGCACGUUGGACAAAAACAACAUUCGUGUAAAUUUUGUCAGAAAAAAUUCAGUUUAAAAUUUAACAGAGAUGUUCACGAAAAAAACGUAAAUUUAAAUGCGUUUCUUCAAUGCGAGCUCUGUGGACUCAAGUAUAAAAACAAAUUGACUUUUAAAAGUCACAUGACUACUACUCAUUCGGAAAAACUACUGCUCAAAUGCGACAUUUGCAAUAAAUCAUUCAGUAGGAAAACCAAUUAUAAAAGUCACAUGAAAAAAAAACAUUCUGGAAUUUCCCUCAUUCAAACUCUUUUAGACUCUGUGACGAAUGGAGAAAUUCCUCCGUGA